GCAGCCUGGCUGGGCAUCAACAUCUUCCUCUUCACGUACUACUUUCUGUUCUUUGACCGGGAUGAGCGGUAUUUCUACACCAGGGCCAUCCUUGGGUCUGCCUUGGCGUGGGCACGAGCAUCAGCCAAGUGCCUCAACUUCAACAGCAUGCUGAUCCUGCUGCCUGUCUGCCGCAACCUCCUCUCCUUCCUCCGCGGGACCUGCUCGUGCUGCAGGCGAACGCUGCGGAAGCAGCUGGACCACAACCUCACCUUCCACAAGCUGGUGGCCUAUGCGCUGGCCCUGCUCACAGCCGUGCACACUAUUGCCCAUCUCUUCAACCUGGAGCGCUACAACCACAGCCAGCAAGCCACUGACCGCAGCCUCCCCGCCAUCCUCUCCAAGAUGCAUCUGCAGGGCAGUGACAAGUGGUUGAACCCCAUCCACUCCAACCAGACGACCGUCGAGUACGUGGCCUUCACCACCAUCCCGGGGCUGACGGGGGUCAUCAUCACGCUGGCACUUAUCCUCAUGGUCACAUCCUCCACCGAGUUCAUCCGCAGGAACUAUUUUGAGGUCUUCUGGUACACACACCACCUCUUCCUCAUCUACUUCAUUGGCCUUGUCAUCCACGGUGUUGCGGGGCUGGUGCGGGGGCAGACCGAGGAGAGCAUGGAGGAGGUGCACCCCCAUCGCUGUGCCCGCUAUCUCACACAAAAGGACGAGGACUGCAGCCACGACUGCUGCAAAGACCCCGAGUUCGGGAGCAUCCCCGCCGAGUCUUGGAAGUGGGUUCUGGCCCCCGUUCUCCUCUACAUCUUCGAGCGGAUCCUCCGGGUCUGCCGUGCGUGGCAGAAAGUGGUUGUCACCAAGGUGGUCAUGCACCCUGCCCGCGUGCUGGAGCUGCAGAUGCAGAAGAAGGGCUUCCGCAUGGAGGUGGGGCAGUACAUCUUCGUCAACUGCCCUGCCAUCUCCCUGCUGGAGUGGCACCCCUUCACCCUCACCUCGGCACCUGAGCAGGACUUCUUCUCCAUCCACAUCCGGGCAGCCGGUGACUGGACGGAACGUCUGAUCGAUACCUUCCAGCAGCAGAACCUGGAGAUGCCCAGGAUCGAGGUGGAUGGCCCCUUUGGCACGGCCAGUGAAGACGUGUUCCAGUACGAGGUGGCCAUGCUGGUGGGAGCAGGCAUAGGCGUCACCCCCUUCGCCUCCAUCCUGAAGUCCAUCUGGUACAAGUUCCAGCAGGCUGACCAGACCCUCAAGACCAAGAAGAUCUACUUCUACUGGCUCUGCCGGGACACGGGAGCCUUCGCCUGGUUCAAUGACCUGCUUGCCUCGCUGGAGCAGAAGAUGGCAGAGUCUGGCAAGGCGGACUUUCUCACCUACCGUCUCUUCCUCACUGGCUGGAACGCCAGCAUUGCCAACAACGUAGCGCUCCACUUCGACACUGCUACAGACACGGUGACGGGCCUCAGGCAUAAAACCAUCUUUGGGCGGCCUAUGUGGAACAGCGAGUUUGCGGCAGUGGCCGCAGCCCACCCCAGGUCGGUGGUCGGCGUGUUCCUCUGUGGGCCAGGAGGCUUGGCAAAGAGCCUGCAGAAGUCUUGCCACCAACACUCCAGCCUGGACCCCAGGAAGGUCAAAUUCUAUUUCAACAAGGAGAACUUCUAA